CUAUAGACACAAGAAGCGACAUUAAAGAGAGGAAAGCUAUCUAAAUUAUACAGCGUAAAAAAGGAAAGAUAUAUAUCGUUUUAAAUGGAUGAAUGUACGAACAUGAACACAGAAAUAGAGAUAGAGUCAGAGUUGUCCAACAAAUUCACUAGCAUUCUUGAUAUGAGAAGGAUUAAGAGAAAAGAAGAAGACGAGGCGAAUAUUGAAUGGAGUCGACCAGAGAUACCAGAUAAAUCUGCGAUAGAAAAUCGGAUGAACAACAUCAUUGAGAAUUUAAAAAAGCAGUUUAAGGAAGAAAAGUUAGCUAGAAGACAAGCUCCCAAGAUCAGCAAUGCAUACAAAUCUUUUUGUAAUAGUGUUGACGCUUUCCUUCGUCAUCAAGAAAUCCCGAAAGUCAGCGUAAAAUACUCAGUGGACACACCAUCUCAAACCAGCCCAGUUCAUGAAGAAAGUCUUGAUGAUAAUGAUGAUGAUGAUGAUGAUGAUGCUGAUGCUGCUGAUGCUGCUGCUGCUGCUGCUGAUGAUGAUGAUGGCCAACAAGCGAAACACAAAGUAUAUGAAAUUUUAAUUUCCCAGAUGCAAUCUAAUGUUAUUUCGCGUGAUUCCAAAACCAUUCACUGCAGCGAAACUUCUUCCUUUUCAACAUCUCGCUUUUCUGGUGAGCCAACAAUCAAGAAGCUGGUAACACAAACAAAAGCAGACGACAUAAAGCCCAUGCAAAGUUUAUUCCAAAAGAGACAUACGAGCAAUGCGUAUUUCUUUUCUUUGAAACAAAAGAAGUUGAUCAAUGGCUGUUUACUACCAUAUCUACUUGCACCAUCUCCAUUUAUUGGUUUAAAUAGAAAGCAAAUAUACAAAGAGUUCUAUGAAGUGAAAUUCAAAUCGGCAGAACUGUCUGUUCUAAUGAGCCAACCAAAAUAUAAAUUUGGCGAUCACAAUAGUAAAUGGGAGCAUGUCCCUGUUAACAGGUGUCGUGAAACCACACAAAAGUCCGUGACAAAAAGACCAAUGACACUGGACACCAAAAACUCCAAGGCUUCUGACUUUAAACGAAUAUUCAGCCUCGCCUUGCGUUACAAUAAAGUUCCAUGCACAAGAACACUGUCUAUAUUUGGUUUAUAUUUUACUCCUAUACUCUAUUUUGGAAGAGAAUGUGUAAUGCCAUGGGUACCUCUGACAGCUACGCCCACAGAUAUGGACAUGAUAACAAUAUCAUUGUAUUUGAACACAAAACAUCCUGACGUAAAAGAUUUGGACAGUUUUAAAUUAAAGCCAGUCAAACACGUUAAUUUAUUCGAAAACGACUGCUUUGGUAAUCUGGCGAUCACAUCAUCGCAUUUGAACACCAAGUAUCCUGCUGUAAAAUAUUUGGACAGUCACAAAUUAAAGCCAGCUAAACAUGAUGGUACACCCGGUAAAGUCUUCUUUGAUAAUUUUGAGACAAUGGAGGAGAACGAAAGUAAACAAGUUGAGGUUCAAACUGAAGAACUUGAAGUAAUCAUUGAUGACGAUGACGAUGAUUCGCCAUUUGGGAUACUGUCUGUCUAUUGCAGAAGUGGAAUUCAUUCAAGACAUCUUCGAGUUGGCCACCUACACCGUGUAUAUCCAGUAAAGCCCGUCUUACACAGAACACGGUUGGGCACACGGUUUCCAUACGGUAUACUUGAUCAGUUAUACACUGGUACAAACAUGAACACAGAAAUGGAGAUUAAUUCAGAGUUCUCCAACAGAUUCACUAGCAUUCUUGAUAUGAGAAGGAGUAAGAGAAAAGAAGAAGACGAGGCGAAUUUUGAAUGGAGUCGACCAGAAAUACUAGAUCAAUCUGCGAUAGAAAGUCGGAUGAACAACCUCAUUGAGAAUUUAAAAAAGCAGUUUAAGGAAGAAAAGUUUGCUAGAAGACAAGCCCCCAAGCGAAAUUUCAUCCUUUUCAACAUCUCACCUUUCUGGUGA